AACACGAGUAAUUCCAUUGGACAGUGGACGAGGACGACGGAGAUAUAGAGAAAGAUUUAUAUUUAUAUAAAAUACAUAAGCAAUUAAUCAGUGGCAGCUUAAAGAGACCAGGAAGAUCCGAGACCUUCAAUACUGUUGAAGAGUUACCACUCUCUUUAUAAUGGAAGGUGGAUCCCCAGACCAGGAAUCAGUAGGGUCUGGGACAAAGAGGUCUAGUGUAUCUUCGGGCUGUAGGCCACGUGAUCGCAAAGAGUUUCUUAAUAGAUUUGUUGAUAGUGAAAUUCUGACUGCAAAAAUCGAAGAUUGGUUUAUUUCGAUUUCAGAAAAGACAGCUGCAAAAAAACCACCAUUUGAUGUCCCUUUUGAGUUGAUAGAACUGCAAAAAUUUGAUUAUGCACUGGAAGGAGUUUCGUUUCAACAGUUGACUAGGAUGCCCAAUGCUGUUUAUGCUUCAACAUCCGAUGCGGUUGAAGCAACUGCUUAUCUUGCUAUUGAGGAUUUUCUACAUGCAAGUGUGAAAGGCUUGUGGGAGGCAUUUUGGAGUCAUGAUGAACCCAUGCCUUUCUCUGUUGCCUGUCUAUACGAUGCAAACUUAAAAUUCUACCAGGCCGAGAAGGCAAUAGCAAAUGGGAAGCUUGGAGGUCUUUGUGCUACUGGUGUAUUGCUCAAGAACUCUAGACAUCCACAUGGAAAGUGGGACCAUAUUCUUGAAUUGGCUCUUUUAAGGCCCGAUAUUAGAAGUCUUGCUGUGGAUAGUGACCAGCAGCCUUCUUUAUCUAUUCUAGGGGAAGCUCUUUUCUAUGCGCUUCGUAUACUAUUAUCAAGAAGCUUAAGUAGAGUAACUUUUUCUCUGAGCUCAAACACAGUGUUUGUUCUUCUUGUUGACUCUCAAUAUGGUGGGGUUGUAAAAGUUGAAGGUGAUGUAAAUAAAUUGGAGUUUGAUGUGAAUAAUAUUUAUGACUGUGCUGCUGAGUGGAUAAAAAAGCAUUGUCGAAUUGCAGUCUCUCCAAUCGAUAGGAUUUGGAACAAGCUUGGAAAUGCCAACUGGGGCGAUAUUGGUGCUCUUCAGGUACUUUUUGCAACUUUCCACUGUAUCGUGCAAUUUGCUGGAUUUCCCAAGCACUCAAUUGAAGAUUUAGCUGCUGACCAUAGUUCUCGCCUCCAAACAAGAAGAGUUGAAAGGCAGUUGGGGGAUACCAGGGUGAAUGGAAAUGGUCUAUUUCGGUUCCAGCAGCGGAGUGCUUCUCCUGAAAUAGUUGAAGUUCAGGAUGAAUCUAUCAAAGUAGAGUCUGAAGAGUUAAUGAAGCUAGAGGUAGGAUCUGUAUUAUGGUUGGAGGAUUCAAACUUUCAAAAGGGUUAUCAGAUUAAUGAAGUCCUUAGUAAUGGUGAACUCAGAUAUUACAUUGCUUCACCAGUUGAAGAUCCAGGAAAGUCUCUGUUUCUAUAUGUUGGUUCACAUCCUUCUCAGCUGGAACCAGCUUGGGAAGACAUGAAUUUAUGGUAUCAAGUUCAGAGACAGACUAAAAUAUUAACAGUCAUGAAACAGAAAGGUUUAUCUAGCAAAUAUCUGCCACAGUUAAGUGCUUCUGGGAGGAUUGUUCACCCUGGUCAGUGUCAGAGACCCAGCUCUGGUGGGAACUGUGAUCACCCUUUGUGUGGCACUCCAAUUCUUGUGACCAGCCCAGUUGGUGAAACAGUUGCAGAUAUGGUAAGUGAAGGCCGAUUCGGUUCGGAUGAGGCUAUCAGGUGUUGCCAUGAUUGCCUAUCUGCACUUUGCACUGUGUCUUAUGCUGGGAUUCGGCAUGGAGACAUCCGGCCAGAGAAUAUUAUCUGUGUCAGAUCUGGUGUGAGGCAUCCCUAUUUUGUCCUUAUUGGUUGGGGACAUGCUAUACUUGAAGAUAGGGACCGCCCUGCUAUGAAUCUUCAUUUUUCAUCAACUUAUGCUCUGCAGGAGGGGAAAUUGUGCUCAGCAUCAGAUGCAGAGAGCCUGGUUUACAUGCUUUAUUUUUCGUGUGGUGGGGCUUUGCCUGAUUUGGAUUCAGUGGAAGGGGCACUACAGUGGAGAGAGACCUCUUGGUCAAGAAGAAUAAUUCAGCAGAAGCUUGGUGAUGUCUCAACCGUGUUGAAAGCAUUUGCUGAUUACGUAGAUAGUUUAUGUGGGACGCCAUACCCUAUAGAUUAUGAUAUAUGGCUAAGAAGGCUGAGAAGAAAUAUUAAUGAGGAAGAUCAUGGGAAGGAAAUUGACACAUCUGGCUAGGACUUCAUUAACUGUUGAAAGUGGGAGCAUUCAUUUAGAUCACUAUCACUUUCCGACAGCCAAUAGAUUUUUGAUGAAGUCUAAAAAUAAAAGUUGUUGGAAUUCAUUGGACAUCUGUUGGAUGAAUUGGCAGAAUCCGAAAUGAUUGAGAAUGACAUAUCAAGUCGUGAAGGUGAUUCUUUUGCAGUUGUGUGUCUUGGAAAUCUCUGGCACUUGAAGUUUCAACAAAGAUAAGUGCCUGUGUCUUAACUUUUUCCAGGAUGCUUUCUGGUGUGGUCUUGGAAAUUAUAUGAUCCUCAGGUUAUGUAGAGAUUUGAAAAUUUAGUUUUUUUUUUGUUUUUUUUGUUUUUUUGUUGGGUAUAUUGUAUUUGUCAUUCCUUGUAAAGAUAGGGUCCAUUAGAUUGUCCGGAAAUUUGUGUAUUUAUGUCUGAGAUUGACUGGCUAGAUUCACCUGCCUAGAGCACCAUGUUUUUCUUUUCCUGUAAAGGGUUUGUGAUAUUUUGUGUUUAUCGGCUUUGAAACUUUCUUUCAAUCAGCAUUACAUACAGUAUUAUUUUUA